GGAGAGAGCGACAGAGAGAGAGAGGGAGAGAGCGAUAGAGAGAGAGAGACGUCCGGAUUGUAAUGCUGAGCUCUCACUGGGAAGAGCGAAGACUGUCCCACUAAUUUCCCUCCUGCUUCCCAGAGCCCUCUCCAUUCGGACGGAUCCGCAUCUGAAGCGCGUCGCGCCGCCUGAAGCGGAGCUCCACUGCGGCGUUGGAGUUUCUUGUGUAUCGGAUAUAUUCUGACAUACAUGGAUAUCCCGACGGUGAUAAAAAUAAGUGUGAGAAGUUGAAUCUGAAGCGAAAUAAAAAAGAGAGCGACUUCAACUCACCCAAACCUCCGAUGCCUCUGGCGACUCUGAGCUCAUGUUGUGUCCUUGCUGGGAUAAACAAGUGGCCUGGCCAAAGAGCACAGUGUUUCUACACACAUUAAAGCCCACACAGGAUGUCGUGGGCCAGAAGCCUCUUCGUAGGCAGAGUGGAUGACCAAAAGACGGAAUGGGGAGAGCGCAAUGGCAAGAAGAGGAAGGACAGCUCGUCACUAUGCAACCCACGUUACAUGAGCUGCCUGAGGGACUCAGAGGACUCAGAAGUCCCUAAUGUUUCCUCCCAGUAUUACCACUGUGAAGCAGGUGCAAGUGGGGGAAACUUUGGCCUGCGGUGUGGCUGGCAGGAGGACCACUAUGGGAAAAGGGUGGUUGGUGUUGGAAAUCCCUGCGUGGAGGAUGGUGAGCUGAAGGACAAACCAGAAGAGGAAGCAGGGGAAUUACCAGGGAGAAGGUGUAAGAAGAUGACUGCUGCAGACUGCUGGAGAUGGCUUAUGUGGGUUUUUCAAUCCAAAAAAUUUCAGUCUGCCAAGCUGGAACGCCUGUACCAGCGCUAUUUCUUCAGACUCAACCAGAGCUCCCUCACUAUGUUAAUGGGGAUGCUGGUGGUCGUGUGCGGAGUCAUGAUUGCCUUCCACUGUGUCCACGCUGAACUUAAUGUGGCCUACAUCGUAGUGCUGUCAGUGGCCACGACUCUCUUUCUGGUCAUGAUGGUCGUGUGCAACCGCAACGGCUUCCAUCAAGACUACAUGUGGAUUGUGAGCUACCUGGUGAUCGGGGUCCUGCUAGUCCUGCAGGUUUCCGGGAUGCUGACGGUGUCCCCCCGCAGUGCCUCAGAGGGGAUUUGGUGGACGGUCUUCUUCGUCUAUAUUACCUACACUCUGUUGCCUGUCAGAAUGAGAGCUGCUGUGCUUAGUGGGACUGUGCUGUCCACUGUUCAUGUUCUCAUUGCCUGGCACGUCAACCACCAGGACAAGUUCAUUCUCAAACAGAUAUGUGCCAACGUGCUGAUCUUCCUGUGCGCUAACAUCAUCGGGAUCUGUACCCACUAUCCCGCCGAGGUCUCCCAGAGACAGACCUUCCAGGAGACGAGAGGAUACAUUCAGGCCAGGCAGCACCUGCAGAGGGAGAACCAUCAGCAGGAACGGGUGCUGCUAUCUGUUUUGCCGAGACACGUUGCAAUGGAGAUGAAGGCUGAUAUCAUUGCCAAGAAGGAAGACAUGAUGUUUCACAAGAUCUACAUCCAGAAACACGAUAAUGUGAGCAUACUAUUUGCCGACAUCGAGGGCUUCACCAGCCUGGCGUCUCAGUGCACGGCACAGGAACUGGUCAUGACGCUGAACGAGCUAUUCGCCCGUUUCGACAAGCUGGCCUCGGAGAACCACUGCCUCCGCAUCAAAAUCCUCGGAGACUGUUAUUACUGCGUAUCGGGUCUGCCGGAGCCCCGGGCUGACCAUGCCCACUGCUGUGUGGAGAUGGGAGUGGACAUGAUUGAAGCCAUCUCGCUGGUAAGAGAAGUGACAGGUGUUAAUGUGAACAUGCGGGUGGGCAUUCACAGCGGGCGAGUUCACUGCGGGGUGCUGGGCCUGCGCAAGUGGCAGUUUGACGUCUGGUCCAACGACGUGACGCUCGCCAACCAAAUGGAGGCCGGGGGGAAGGCAGGACGUAUCCACAUUACCAAAGCCACCUUGCAGUACCUGAACGGGGAUUAUGAGGUGGAGCCGGGAUACGGAGGGGAGAGGAACGCGUACCUGAAGGAAAACAACAUCGAAACCUUUUUGGUGCUUGGCUGCAGCCAGAAAAGAAAAGAGGAGAAAGCCAUGAUGGCCAAACUUCACCGAAAGCGUGCAAAUUCUGCAGAGGGACUGAUGUCCCAUUGGGUGUCUGAUAGAGCUUUCUCCAGAAGUAAGGAGUCUAAAGUCUACAAGAAGAUGGUGAUAUUCCCUCUAAAAUGUUGCUAG